AUGGCCGCCACAAACGAGAUCACAGUCACCUUGCGCCAGCUGGCCAAGAUGAUUGACCACUCUCUGCUGCACCCCACCAUGACCGACGCCGACAUCCUCAGCGGUCUUGCCAUCGCCAAGAAGUACAACGUGGCUACCGCCUGCGUGAAGCCAUACCUCAUUCCUCUUGCAAAGAAGAAGCUCGAAGGCUCUGAAGUUCUCGUCUGUCCUGUCAUCGGCUUUCCCCACGGAAACAGCACCACCGAAGUCAAGGUCUUUGAGGCCGAUGCUGCCGCGGCUGCUGGCGGGAAGGAGGUUGACAUGGUCAUCAACAUUGGCAAGGCUCUUGGAGGUGACUGGGAAUAUGUGGCCGACGAGAUUCGGCAGAUCAAUGAUGCCGUCGUCAAGCACGGCGCCAUUCUUAAGGUCAUUUUCGAAAACGACUACCUCGAAGAGAAGCACAUCGUCAAACUUUGCGAGAUCUGUUCUGACAUUGGUGUUGGAUUCGUCAAAACAUCGACGGGCUACGGCUUCGUGAAGCAGCCAAACGGCCUUUAUUCGUACAAGGGCGCCACGGUGCCUCACUUGAAGCUCAUGCGGGAAAAGUCAAAGCCCGAAGUUCAGGUCAAGGCUGCUGGAGGAGUGAGAACCCUGGAUGAUUUGCUGCACGUCAUGUCGCUUGGUGUGACGCGGAUUGGCGCCACAGCUACCGUUUCCAUCAUGGAGGAGGCUGUUAAGAGGGGAAUCACGGACGAGCCUACGACUGUCAAGUUCAAGCCAAUUGACAGUGGCUCUGCUGGUGGAUAUUAG